AUGCUAAGAGGAACAAGUCAGCUCAGGCUGUCUAGCAGACUGUUCAGCAGUUGUGCUGUGAGAAAGAUGAUCGCACCAUUGGAUGCCAGCAAAGUGCAAAUCAACAAGACAAAGAGCCCUUCGAAACCCAAGUCGAACAACGAACUGGAGUUCGGCAAGACGUUCACAGACCACAUGCUAACCGUGGAAUGGACGGAGAAAAACGGCUGGGGCACUCCAGAAAUCAAGCCAUACGGAAACCUCAGUCUGGACCCUUCAUGCUCAGUGUUCCACUACGGAUUCGAGCUGUUCGAGGGCCUCAAAGCGUACAGAACUCCGGACAACCAGAUCACCAUGUUCAGACCCGACAAGAACAUGGAGCGUCUCAACAAAUCGGCCGCCCGCAUCUGUCUUCCCACCGUGAACGGCGAAGAAGUCAUCAAGCUCAUGGGCAAGCUCAUCGAACAGGACAAGUACUUGGUGCCAGAAGGGCAGGGCUACGCUCUCUACCUGAGACCCACCAUGAUCGGAACCACGCCAGCGCUAGGAGUCUCUGCCCCAGACAGAGCGUUACUAUUUGUCAUUGCCUCUCCCGUGGGACCUUACUACAAGACCGGCUUCAAAGCCGUGCGACUAGAGGCCACCGAUUACGCCACAAGAGCUUGGCCCGGUGGGUGUGGUGACAAGAAGCUUGGUGCUAACUACGCGCCAUGCGUCUUGCCGCAAAAACAGGCCGCCGAAAGAGGCUACCAGCAGAACCUGUGGCUGUUCGGACCUGAGAAAUACAUCACCGAGGUUGGUACCAUGAAUGUCUUCUUUGUUUUCAAGGAUUCUAAGACCGGCAAGAAAGAGUUGGUCACCGCGCCAUUGGAUGGUACCAUCUUGGAAGGUGUCACCAGAGACUCUAUCUUGUCUUUGGCCAGAGAAAAGCUAAGUUCCGACGAAUGGACCAUCUCCGAACGUUAUUUCAGCAUCACGGAAGUAGCCGAAAAAGCUGCCAAGGGGGAAUUAGUCGAGGCCUUCGGUGCUGGUACCGCAGCCGUCGUUUCUCCAAUUAAAGAAAUUGGCUGGGGCGAAAAGGACAUCCACGUCCCAUUGCAACCUGGUAAGCAAAGCGGUGCUUUGACCGAAGACAUUGCCAAGUGGAUUGCCGACAUCCAGUACGGUAAGGAAAAGCGUGGUAACUGGUCUCGCGUGGUGGCCUGA